AUUAAGUUAAUAGGCCCGUUUACCUGUGGUUUGUCUUAGUUCUUACAAUGCAAGGCAAGAGUAGAGUCGCCAUGAGCGCAGCUGCUCUAACAAUUUUGAGUUUGCUGACUUUGGUUCAUGGGUCGAGCGAAUCAAACUUAUACACAGGAGUAAGUAAUUACACGUUUUCUGAGGAUUUUAUAUUUGGAGUUGCAACAGCUGCUUUUCAAAUUGAAGGAGCUUGGAAUGAAGGAGGUAAAGGAGAAAGUAUUUGGGACACAUAUUUACAUAAAAAUCCAAAUUUCACAUUAGAUAGUUUGAAUGGAGAUGUUGCAGCAGAUUCCUAUCACAAAUAUGAAGAAGAUAUAGCUAUGAUCGAAAGCCUCGGAGUCAAGUACUAUCGACUUUCCAUAUCAUGGCCGAGAAUUUUACCUCAAGGAACAGACAACUACAUUAGCGAAGAUGGCAAGAAAUAUUACAGGACGCUUUUUGAAAGUCUCUUAAAAGCUAAUAUAACACCAAUAGUUACCUUAUUUCACUGGGACAUCCCUACACCUUUAAUGGAUCUUGGAGGGUGGACUAAUCCAAAAAUAGUUGAUUAUUUUGAAGAUUACGCUAGAGUCGCGUUCAAUUUAUUUGGUGAUUUGAUCAAAAUAUGGACUACUAUUAACGAACCUCAUCAGCAUUGCAUUAACGGAUAUGGGAAUGUCUUCUUUGUACCAGCUCUAGACUCGCAUGGCAUUGGGGAAUACUUGUGUACACACUACAUACUGUUAUCACAUGCACGUGCUUACCGUCUCUACCAUAAAGACUUUCGGCCUCACCAACAUGGAAAAAUCGGAAUAACUUUGGACUCGUUUGGGGUCAAUCCAAAAAAUGAAUCCAACCUAGACGAUCAUAUCGCUGCCGAAGAAUAUUUACAGAUGCAUCUUGGCCUCUACGCACAUCCGAUUUUCUCAAGCACUGGCGAUUACCCCAAAUUCGUACGUAAUAGAGUUGAUCAUAUGAGCUACGAACAAGGAUAUACGCGAUCCCGUCUUCCAUAUUUCAGCGAAGAAGAAAUAGCACUAUUAAAAGGAAGUUCUGAUUUCUUUGGGUUGAAUCAUUAUACAACUUACUUAAUAUCACAUUGUUCAUGGGAUAAAUCAUGGAGGAUUCCUUCGCUAGACCAAGACAAUGGAGUUUGCUUAGAGCAAAAUUUGACCUGGACGAAACCAGGUGCCGAUUGGUUCACAGUUUAUCCACCGGGUUUCCGGAAAAUACUCAACUAUAUCAAGAGAAAUUAUGGCGAUGUGCCAAUUAUAGUGACUGAAAACGGAUUAUGCGAUUACGGAGGUCUUGAGGACUACGAGAGAGUAUCUUAUUUCAACAAAUAUCUGUACCAAUUGCUACUAGCGGUCAAUGUAGACAAAUGUAACGUCAUAGGCUACUUCGCCUGGACGCUAAUGGAUGACUUCGAAUGGAAUGACGGCUAUGUAACCAAAUUUGGGCUAUUCCAUGUAGAUUACAACAGUCCAGAACGCACUAGAACACCUAAACUUUCUGCUACAAAUUAUGGACAUAUAGUGCGAACGAGAAAGAUAGACUUCGAUUUUAUCAAGCCACCAUUGAAACAACAAAAGCUAUAAGUUAAUCGACUGUAUAAAGAUUAAUCUUAUUAAUUAAUCUAUAAUUUAAAGAUUAAUCUUAUGGAUUCGAGUGAAAAUAUAUGUAAAUAAUAAAGUGUGAAGUGAAAUACUGGACUGACUGGAUAGAGAUUAUAUUUUAUAUUUAAAUUGUAGAUUUAAUGACUGAAAAACAAAUAAAAUGUUAUAAUUUUAAAUGAGAUAUGGUCAUUUGAAGUUU